AUGGUUGACUGGGAUUUAGUAUUAAUAGCACUUCUAGCUGAAGAUGAAGAGAGACAAAUAAGAACUGCUAAUUUGACGAACAGACAACUCUGGGUGCAUAAUUUAUGGAGAACAAGAUCUACAAAUGGUGAAUUCAGCAACUUAUUUAAUGAUUUGAGAUACGACAUCCGAAAAUUCUAUGAUUAUUACAGAAUGGACUAUGAAAAAUUUGAAAAGUUAAGUGAUUUGCUAAAAUCGCAUAUAAAGAAAAUCAAAACUAAUUUUCGAUCGCCUAUACCUGUUACAGAGAGAUUGUCUGUAUGUCUAAGGUAUCUAAUAACAGGAGCUUCUUUUAAGUCUUUAGCUUUUAGCUAUCGUAUGGGAUUCACUACUGUGCGUAAAAUAGUCCACGAAACCUGUCAAGCAAUAUUUACUGUAUUAAGAUCUACUGCAUUGCCGAAACCCACGAGCCAACAAUGGCAGUCAAUUGCAACCGACUUUGAUAAAUUUUGGAAUUUUCCUAACUGCAUUGGGGCCAUAGAUGGUAAGCAUUUCAAGAUUAGAGCUCCUAAUAACAGUGGAAGUAUGUAUAUCAACUACAAGAAGUUCUUUAGCAUCGUUUUAUUAGCUGUCGUGGAUGCAAAAUACAAAUUUGUGAUUGUAGAUGUCGGAGCAUAUGGUCGAAAUAGCGAUGGCGGUAUACUUCAAAGCUCCAAAUUUGGUUCGAAACUACGUAAUGGUUUUUUAAGCAUACCACCGGAAAAAGCUUUACCACAUUCAACUCAAAAAUUACCCCACGUAUUUGUUGCUGAUGAAGCCUUUCCACUAACAAAAAAUAUUAUGAGACCAUACCCCUCACAUCUUUUAAAUGAUGAAAAAAAAAGGAUAUUCAAUUAUCGCUUAAGUCGAGCACGGCGUAUUGUAGAAAAUGCUUUUGGAAUGUUACAAGAAAGAUUUGAACUAUUUCAAAAAGGUAUAAAAGUUCAACCAAAGUACGUUAACAACAUUAUACUAGCAAGCACGUGUUUGCAUAACUUUAUCAUUGAUGAUCAUUCUAUGGAGGCACUUGGCUCUAAUACUAAUAAUGCAAUCGAUAGAACCAAUGAUACAGUUUUCAAUAAUCUGGAAGGGAUGGUUGUAAGAGAUUGUUUCACGGAAUAUUUUUCUAAUGUUGGUAACGUGUACUGGCAAAAUGAAAUUGUUAAUAGAUGUUAGUUUCUAUUUCUGACAAAAAAUAAAUAAAAAAAUAACUUA